UGCACCGUCUAACUUUGAUUGGUUGCCACUUGUCAUUAAAAGAAGAAGACUGUUCUACAACAAGCAAGCUGCGUUGGAGUCAUUGUAAAACAACAUUAAAGGAGUACAGACUUUGGCUUUUUGCGUAUGAAGUUUUUCAGCAAUGAAGGGAAGUGUGAAACGAAAGGUACUAACAUCUGGAAGGCCGACGAGUGGAGGUCCGACAGUACAACAGGCCAGGAAACGACCCACCAUUCCAGGACGAAAGGAACCGACCUGCUCUUUUUAUUCCACCGACCCUCAAGAAGAGGUUGCCAAUCUUCAUGUGGGUCUGGAUCGCUGUGCUGAUUUGCUUUCUACCAUGCUACAGGUGGACAAGGCAGUUUCAUACCACCUGUGCUUAGAGGCUGUGACACACCCUCCUAAAGUGGUGAACGGUGGUCCAGCCAGAGUAAAACCAUCCACUGCACACGGGAGAAAGAACGCUAAGACACUCACUCCAAUGACAGGAGUGAAGAAAGCACAGACCCUGCCGCACUCUAAUUUACAUCCACCGUUGAGGGCAUCUCAGCCGCUUCAGGGAUCCUCCCAUUCCCAGUCCUUGACCUCCGUCCUUCUGUCUGUGACCCAGCGUGAAUCUGCACUCCACUCCACCCAUUCAAGUCAACGGUCUCGUCGGCAGACUGACUACCAGCCAGUUGUCGGUCACCACAAAGCCCUGCUCAACGUCGAGAAAGGUGAUUCUGUGCCAGUAAAAGACACAGACCCCAAAAGAGACACAUGCUUGAGCAUGCAUGCUUAUGACAAAAAGAUUGACCUUGGGCAGCCAUGUGACACCGAUCAUCACGCACAGAGUGGGGAGGACAGCACAGGCAAACUCAGGACUGUUCACUAUCUUCUGGGAGAGCUCAAGGCUUUGAUAGCUGGAAAAGGUAGUGUUGCAGAGAGACUCCUUAGUCAUCUGGAGAUCACAGUGUCCUCACCUCAGGUAAAUAGUUUGGACCCAGGGAAAACUGCAGACAUUGAGGCUCUGCACAUCCAGAAUGACCAGCUUCACAGACAAGUGGCAUUUUUAAACAAACAGUUGGAGAGAGAGAAAAAACUGAAUACGGAAACUCUGAGUAAGACGCAAGUAGAAAGUCUGCCAGAGGAUCUUGCUGCUGCUCAAUCCCGACAGCAGGAGCUUCAAGUCAUCCUUGGAGAAGUGCGGGCAACACUUCUAGACACGAAGAAACUGCUGCAUGACCGCGAAGCAGAGAAUGCAAUGAUGAAAUUAGAUUUGGAGAACUUGAGAACCAAAUUUGUUCAAAGUGAGCAGGAAAAGUAUGAACUGGUCUCGCUUGCCCAACAAAGACAGGAACAGAUAGAACACCUUGAGAGGACUAUUAAAAGUGGUAAUAUUUUACAAUGUCACACAGACCUUACGACGUCUAAUGCAGUACCCAAGGAGCAAUGUAAUGAUCAGGGAGACGCAACUGAACACAUCACAAAAUAUCUUAUGACUCUAGGCCAGCCAGAGGCCUCACCAAAAAACAGAAAUGUACAAAUGGUCGCUGAGAGGGAAGAUAACACACUCGAGAAAGCGAAAUUGAGCUCAACCCCGCUGGGAAAGCUGCAAUUGUAUCCAUACCAUUGUAACGAUUCACACAGCGAGGUUUCUGACGGAGUACAUUUAGCAGAGGAACAGAUGGGAAAAGAGCGUCGUCGGCUGUUUGAUUACUUUUCUGAGGGCAAGGUGGACACUAUGUCAUCUGACUGCAGUAGGAGAUCCAUGUCGACCUAUGACACCAGAGAUGAGGCAGCGUUCCGAGACGGGUUGGCAGCUCUUGAUGCCAGCAUAGCCAUUCUGCAAAAAACGAUCAAACAGGAUUUGGCAAGUUAAUUUUACUUCACUGUAAUGGCUCAUUAGCCUGGCCCAAAGUGUGCAUUGUUUGCAGUCAGUGACUGCAUGGAUGUUAGAGUUGAUCUCACUUUUUAUAUGUGAUGGCUAUAUACUGGCUAGCAGUCAUUGGUCAGGAUUAGCAGUUGCUGUCAAGUGGGGUGAGAGACGAUAUGCUUCUGCUCCCCAAGGUCCUGAACAAGACAAGUGGUCAAUAGAUGGCUGUUGCUUUUGUUUUCAAUCUUAACAUGAAAGAUUUCUAAUAAAAGUAUUUGAACUCAAUGGCUAUGAGAAUGUGGUUUUCUUAGUUUACACUUGAAAAUUAAUUUUUUUAAAAGAUUGUUUUUGUAAUUUUAUAAGUAGUAAAAAUGCUGAGUCAAUAAAAAGUUUGAGUAUUUAGUAUAUGGCUAUAUACUGGCUGUCAUUGGUCAGGAUUAGCAGUUGCUUGUCAACUGGGGUGAGAGACGAUAUGCUUCUGCUGCUCGAAGGCCCUGAACAAGACAAGUGGUCAAUAUAUGGCUGUUGCUUUUGUUUUCUGACAUGAAAGAUUUCUAAUAAAAGUAUUUUAACUCAAUGGCUAUGAGAAUGUGGUUUUCUCAAUUUACAUUUGAAAAUUAAAUAAAAAAGUUUUUGUUAUAUAUAGUAAAAAUGUUGAGUUAGUAAAUUUUGAGUUACAGUAUUUAGAAUAUAGUAUAUGGCUAUAUACUGGCUAUCAGUCAUUGGUCAGGAUUAGCAGUUGCUUGUCAACUGAGGUGAGAGAGGAUAGGCUUCUGCUCCCCAAGGCCCUGAACAAGACAAGUGGUCAAUAGAUGGCUGUUGCUUUUGUUUUCAAUCUGACAUGAAAGAUUUCUAAUGAAAGUAUUUUAACUCAACGGCUAUGAGAAUGUGGUUUUCUCAGUUUACACUUGAAAAUUAAAUUUUUAAAAAGAUUAUUAUAUAAGUAAAAAUGUUGAGU